UUGUCGGGGUGUCAGAGGGUACGGUUCGCAUGGGCACCGUCACGGCUCAGCCUGGCUCAGUUCGUCUUUUUUUCGUGGUCUCCCAACUUCGUCCAGGCCACGACGAGCAUCGCUGUCUUUGGCAAGCGUGAAGGUCAAUCUCCCCUUGGAUACGAUCUUGAAGCAACCGGCAAGCACUGUUCAAGCUCGGAAGACAGCUCAACAUGGCUAGGACGACAGCUCACAACGCACCAUCCGCCCCUCGCAAGCGGGCUCAAGCCUCCAAAGUUGCCUCCGAAGCUCCAGCGGAAGAGAAGAAGAUAGGUCGGCCGUCCUCAUCCGGCACGCGCAAGCGAGUCAACAUCGAUAGCCUGGCUGCGCGCCUGGGCCCCGAAGUGGUCAAGGAGUUGGAGGCUCUGAUCAUCCCCGGCAGCAAGGAGAUGCCGUCCUUCACAGCGCGGCAGGCCGUCCAAAAGCAGUUCAACGUGAAUCGGCGACACAUCUACGACUGGUACCAUACGAAGGGACUCAGAGUGGCCAGAGAGGAGACCCGCGCUGAGGAGUUCACGCCGGCGCGCCCUCAGAGGGAGUCACGACGCCGCGCUGGGGAGACUUCCACGCCAGACAUGACCUUCGACGCCAGCGAAGAUGGCGACAGUAGCUUCUCGAGCCCGAAUCUCCUCUUGACGCCUGCGCAACACGGAGCCGGUCCUGCUGGUGCAUACGGAGACUAUGCGCCCUUCGCAAGUGCUGGCGAAGGCACUCUGAACACUUGGUACUACUACUACGGCCCUCCUGCCUCUGGCCGGCCGGAGUUCCAAACCAAGCAGCCAUACGUGACGUCCACAAGCACCACGCCUAUCAUACCUGCUACUGUGAAGACUCCGUCGCAAGGUGGUUUGGGAAGCUCUGGUUCUGGUCAGACACUGGAGGCCGCAGAAAGCAUCCAGUACGCGGGGCGCUCUGCAGCUCAUGAAGAAGACGAGAACGUCGAACCGGGCCUACCUCCGGAUCUCUCUGGUUUACUGUCUGGCUCCGAACGGCAAGCUCUCUAUGACAGUCUCUCUGGCAUUCUGGGACCUCCGAACGGGUUCGAAGAAUCUGUCGGCACAUACAAAGCAUAUAUGCAGCGCCAAAGCCAAAUUUACUAUGAGAGUCUCUUGCCUAGUCCUGCGCCGUCUUCGCUCGUUGGCAAUUACGCUUCUGCAACCGCAAACCCUUCCAUUCUGCGCGCUUCGCAGACUGGACUAGGCAUUGGCUCGCUCGCUCAGCAGAACGUUCCUGGCUCUAUUGUCCCCGCACCGUACACCAUGCAACCACUCGUCCUGCCCCUGGCUGCGCAUGGGACUUCUCAGUAUCAGCAAGACGAGACUUGGAAGCCGAGCGGCGGAUCUACGCCCGCUAACUCGAGCACUGGUCCCCCUUCCCUUGGCUAUCCUGAGACGCCGUCUUCCGCGAGUGUGACUCAGUCCAGCUUCGGCACUCCCCAUGGCUUCGCGCACGCUGGCACCGCCCUCGAGCUCGGCGAUAUCCUCGAGAGUCCGCUCCUCAGGUCCCGCAACCCGAGCUCGGUCGGGCAUGCGCUGUAUGCGGUCAACCCUGUCCAGGCCCAUCCGUGGUACCCCGCUCAUGCGUACGUGGAGAUGGUUGGACAUCAGGCUGCGAACCCUGUCUAUCACCCUGCUAUGCCGGCUCGUGUCCCGACUUGGCAGCCUGCGUAUAUGCCACCGGUUCCGACCGUCUCUGCGGCCUCUACGUCGGGUGGUCAAUGGGAGCGCGGGCACUUCAUGGCGAUGUUACAAGAUGCUAUACCUGCGCCUGCGGAGUCUCCGGCGAUGAAUCAAGAGAUGAACAAGAACAAGAAACAAGACUCAGCUGGGCAACACACCAGCCGGACGAGGACUGAGUCUCGCGGGAUGUGAGGCGCAGACGUCAAGUGCCCAUCCCCAAACAUCGUAUCUCGUCAACCCCUUCCGACUGUCUCAUGGUCUGUUAUCCUCGGAUGUUAUUACGCGGUAUCCUUCGCUUGCCUUUCGUCGAAUUAGGGUAUGUCUUCAUAAAACUCGUCGUAUGGUUUCUUUGGCCCUCAUGGUUACAGGAGUAACCUUGGCCGUUAUACGAUUUUUCUCUCGAGCUGUUCUUUCUCCUCUUGCACUGUACUAGCGGACAUGUCCUUCAUUGGGCGUGUGUUCCUCGUAGUGUCUAUUGUAAUGUCGUCCAACGAUAAUGUCAACAUAGGAUUCGUUUGUAC